UGAAACUAUAAACAAAGUAGAAAAGUAAAUACUGAGUAUAAAAAGCAAAUGUUGACCAAAGAAUGGCCAUUUUCAUUAUGUGGUGGUUUUGGGUAUAAACCACAAGAUGUACAAAUUUCUAGUUUUAGCUACUGGGAUUUUACUGGCAUAUUGCCAGGAAAGCCCUCGCAUUAUAGAGACUUCUUAUACAGAACGUAAAGAAUAUAUUUACGAGUAUGACUCUCAAGUGCUGUCCGGCCUGCCGGAGGGAGCGAAGACUUAUUCUGGUCUCAAACUUAAAACUCAAGUCCUCAUCCAGGUUGUGUCUCUCUGGAAGGUCAAGUUACAGGUCAGUUAUAUUUCCUUCCUAAUCUUGUAUGUACGUGGACAUGUUGAGGAUUUAACCACAGAAGAUGAAGAUCCAGAAUGGUCUGUCAACAUUAAACGUGGUGUGCUUAGUCUCUUAGAGAUGAACUUCAAUGAAAGGCAAUCACUAACCAAAGGUGUACCUGUCCUUUUAUCAGAUUCUAGCCCAAAAGUUUACAAAGUGAUUGAGGUGACCAAGGUUGUUGGGGAAUGUGAGCAAGAUAGAAACAGCCUGAGAGAAGUUCCCGAGGAUGUCCCUAGUAUGAGAGUACAAAAACUGCGUGAUUACAGGCGAUGUCUAGAAAAAGUUGUUUUUAGUCAAGACAUUUUAAACAGCCAACCUUGUGAUAGAAAUGUAGAGGUAUUGAUACCUUUCUUUCUCAUUCUUACUGCAGUGUCUGAGUCCCAGUACAGCUUCACACCAUACUCACCAGAGGCUGGGUCCCUGUCUACAAUUUCCAAGUAA